GAGAGAGCGAGCAGCAGAACAGGGCUAACCGUCCAGCGGAGCGGCGCUCACUUCAGCUCCUAGCUUUGUGCUUUUGCGACUAACGCACUUUUAGCGCAUAAAACUAUUUCUUUCCGACUUCAGCUACAGUGAUAGCUAAGUUUGGAAGGGAGGAAAAAGGGAGAAACGCCGUGUCUUUUUAGUUUCUUUAGCCGUUACCGACAGUAAGAUGCAGUGGUAGCCGGGGUCCGCCUCCUUCACAACACCACAAAAGAGGAGACAGCCUCAAGCUAAAAAAAAAUCAAUAUUCUCUUGGUUAUUUUUUUUGCCAUUUGGACAGCUUUAAAAUGGAUAACCCUGGACCUAAAAGCUCAUGCUGUGAGUCUGUCCGAGACUUCUUCACUUCAGCUAAAUUCCUUAUUUACAUGGGACAUGCUCUGUCAACAUGGGGUGACCGAAUGUGGAAUUUCGCCGUGGCUGUUUUCCUGGUGGAGCUGUAUGGGAACAGCCUGCUGCUCACGGCCGUGUACGGGCUGGUGGUGGCCGGCUCCGUGCUGCUGCUGGGGGCCAUCAUUGGGGACUGGGUGGACAAAAAUCCCAGGCUCAAAGUGGCCCAGACUUCGCUGCUCGUCCAGAACAGUUGCGUCAUCGUGUGUGGGAUCCUCCUGAUGGUUGUUUUCCAGUUCAAAGAACAGCUUGUGGAGCUUUACAAUGGAUGGAUUCUGACCACCUGCUACAUCCUGGUGAUCUCCAUCGCCAACAUCGCCAACCUAGCCAGUACGGCUACAGCCAUCACCAUCCAGAGGGACUGGGUGGUGGUUGUGGCAGGUCAGGACAGCAGCAAGUUGGCAGACAUGAACGCCACAGUGCGGAUUAUCGACCAGCUGACCAACAUCCUGGCUCCCAUGCUGGUGGGUCAGAUAAUGUCCUUUGGCUCCCAUUUCAUCGGCUGCGGCUUCAUCUCUGGCUGGAACCUGUGCUCCAUGUGUGUGGAGUACGCGCUGCUGUGGAAGGUCUACCAGAAGACGCCGGCGCUGGCCGUGAAAGGCGGUCAGAAGGAGCAGCAACAGGAGCUCAAACAGCUCAGCCCCACCAAAGACUUGGAGAGCGACCAGAGUCCGGAGGAGUCGUCUCAGCCGCUGAUGAACGAAACGUCAGCCGCGGCCACGCCCGACUCUCCCAAGCCGCGCGGCUGUUGCUCCCAGAUGAUGGAACCCCUGCGCACGCUGAAGGCCGGCUGGGUGGCCUACUACAACCAGAACAUUUUCUUAGCCGGAAUGUCCCUGGCAUUCCUCUACAUGACGGUGCUGGGCUUCGACUGCAUCACCACGGGCUACGCCUACACGCAGGGCCUCAACGGCUCGGUGCUCAGCCUGCUGAUGGGCAGCAUGUCGGCGUGUCGCAGGAAUUCCCGAGGUCCCAAGCUGCUGCUAUUCAUUUCAGGCACGGCCCAGCUGUGCUGCCUCAUGCUGUGCGUUGCCUCGGUCUUUGCCCCCGGGAGCCCCUUCGACCUCAGCGUCUCGCCCUUCCAGGACCUGUACACCCACCUGGUCGGAGAGAAGAUGCUGCCCGAGGCCGACCAAAGCCUCACCAACGCCCUCACCGGUGGGAACGCCACUACUGCGGCCCCCGCUGAAGAGGUGUCGCCCCUGCAAUCCUACAUGUCUGUUAGCCUGCUGUUUGCUGGCGUCAUUGCUGCUAGAGUUGGCCUGUGGUCCUUCGACCUGACGGUGACCCAGCUCAUCCAGGAGAAUGUGAUCGAGUCGGAGCGUGGGGUGAUCAACGGCGUCCAGAACUCCAUGAACUACCUCUUAGACCUGCUGCACUUCAUCAUGGUGAUUCUGGCCCCGAACCCGGAGGCCUUCGGCCUGCUGGUCCUCAUCUCUGUGUCCUUCGUGGCCAUGGGUCACGUCAUGUACUUUGGCUAUGCCUUCAAGAGCCUGGGCAGCCGCCUCUUCCUCUGCUGCUCGCCGGAGCACAAGGAGGAGACGGUGGACAGCCUGUCGCUUCCUACCACCGUCUAACCCCCAUUAAAGAGACUCUGUCCUGGGUACAUAUCUCUCAAGCCUUACCCUACUCCUGCAUCUCUUAUCUAGCUAACUAACAUCUUUGCUUGUAGCUGGCAGAAUGCUAACCUAAACCAGAGAAAGGUAACUUAACAUGCUAUGCAUACUGAAUACAGCAUUAAUCAUUAGUAGAAAGUGGUGAGUAGAACGCUUACGGUCAUAGAAAAAUGAAUCCACAGUGAAACUUUUAGACAACGCUAACUUUUUCAGGGCCGGAUUCAGACGAGAGCCUCUGCCUCCCGCCUGUCCGUGCUCCGCGAUACAUACGUGCACAAGGAUCCAUCACUUCCAGGCGUUUGAAGUAAGAAAUCAGGGGACACGGCACUGCACAAUAUUCUCCUCCUAGCUAACAGCCUGGAUCUAGCUGUAAAGAUUUUUAAAAAGGUGCUACAGCUAACUAAAGGGCGACACGAGAGCGAAAUCCUGCAGGGAAGCGGUCACUGAGGCUUGGAUUGCGAGGGUUCGACUGUCUGAGACCCCCAAAAGAGAGAGCGCGUCCCCCAUUUUGUGACGCUUGGCUCUCAGUGACUGCAUUGGUGCUGUAGCUGCGUCUGCUAGCUGUUCUCUGACAGCCGGGCUUUACACAUAUAUGUAUGAUGAACAGGUUGUGGAGCUUUUUUAUUUAACCAAACACAAAACUGGGAUCUAGUCUCUUUAAUACGCAGGUAUGAGGGUUAAUUGUAUUUAUUCAGGAAAUGGCGGUGGUUUUUAUAAUAAUCGCAUACUCAGUAUUGUGUAUCGCGCGCUCGCGGUUGUGCCCUAAAGAAAGAAAUGAGAAACCCUAUGCACCCUUGUCUAUAGCGCUCUCAGUUACCAAAGUCAAAGUCCAUAUGUGGCAUAAAAGGAAGUGAGGGAAAGCAGAUAUCUGUUCGAAGCCUUCCAAAUGUAAUUAUUUACAUCAGGUGACAGUAGUUGUGUAGGUUCACUAAUACAUUUAUACACCCUUGGUAUACCUGAAUAUGUCUUACCCACUCGGAGAUUGUACUUCAAUUUAGUUUUCUGUUUAGUUUACAUUAACAGCUUCAUUUUGUCACCUUUUGAUUUUUUUUAUGUUCUGAAUUUGUUUUUGUUUUUAAUCACGAUUGUUGUUACACAGGCACUUUAAGUGAUUGACGUCUGUCAUUUACACCUAACGCGUGAUCAGGCAUUUGAUCAAUAUUUUUGCACAAGGCUGAAGUCCCGUAAAACCCCCUGCACAAUCUUACACACAAUCACUUUGAUUCUCUCGGUCAGUCUGGUCAGACGCUGUGGUUUAAAAAAGAAAUAAAAGGCACAUAUUGGAACACUUAAGAGGAAAAACUGUACCAGCUCCUGUGAAAAAGUCUGGAAAGUUUACCUCAGAGACCCAUGUUUCCUCAAAAAGUCAGCCAGGAAGUGCAGUCAGCAAAACCUCCCGGAUCUCAGACUGCCAACAGACUCUGGACCUGGACUCAGUUUGACUUCUAAUUGCUGUAAGCUUCAACAGAGGUGGAACCCAUUUCACUCAAGUCAAAGUUCUGGCACUUAUUUUGACAUCUCUGUACAGUACUAGUCUAGAAAAUGUAUUGUCAUAGUAUCUCAUGAACGUUUGUGGCUCUGUUUGCAUGCUACUUGUCCUGUGAAGUGAUUUUGUAAGUAAAAGAGUAUUUCCAAAAACAGCUAAACAUCACCGAUAUUUGGAAAGUAGCUUUGCUACAAAGUGAGCCUACUGUACAUAACUUUAUCUGAUUCAUGUAAAAAAUUACAGGAUAAUGAUGAAUGCUAAAACAUAGUGUAACAAAUAAGAGACAUUAUGAUAGCAAUAGCCAUCUAAAGUUUUCUAACAUUAGCCACCAUAAGCUAAGUAAGGCUGUAGCAGCAAAACCCCAGAGUUCAACUUUUGAUUUGUAAGAAGAAUAAUGGUUUAUUUCAUCUUUCAGAAUUUACAUGAUCUCAUUUUAAAUAUCACCCAAAUAUAGUUGCUAAUUUAGCAGUAACUAGGUCCUUCAACUUCUGACCUUCCAUGAUUUCUGUUGCCUUACUGUAAACUAGCCUUGACCGCUGUUUUGCGCACACAUGUGGCUACAUCAAGACGGUUACUAGCCGCACCCUACCCAUGAAAAAUCAAGCCAGUCUAGCCCUGAUUUUGGUAACUGCGAAGGAGAAAUAUUUAGGUUGGAAACGGAGGUAGCCACACAAGAUGUAGGAGAACAGAAGGCCACUUUUUAGCUGCACGUGCUGAGUCAGGAUUCAGUCUGCAGGUGUGCCAUUAAGGUGCUGACUCACUCAUGUUCCACUCGGGUUUAAUGUAACCUGAAACUCAGUCUGGGCAUGGAAACUAAACAGCUCUUACAACGCUUGAUCUGCUGAUUCAGGAAUAUCUCACAUAGCCAUAAAUCUAUAUUUUUAAUGUAAUUAACAUUAGCCGCCAGGCGAUACAAAAUUUACUUAAGUAUACAAUAAAAGAAAAAAAGAUAGUGUAUACUGUUGUCGUGCUGUUUUUACAUGUUUUUAUAUACCUAGUGUUAGCAUUUUGUGUCAGAUGAGGUUUCUUAAAGAGUUUUGAAAAUUGUGUAUAAAGCAAUUACUAUCUUUUAUUUGAAUACAUUUGUAUCAUACUGCUUUAAUCUGACAAUAUACACAUUUGUCUGUAUUUAUAUAUCGGUGUUAUUUUAGAUCAAAAGCAUUUUCAAAUUUUAACGAAAUCAUUAUCUAAUAAUCACACUCCAUUGUAUAAGAAUGUUGGUAGGUACUGCUUGUAUAGCAUGAGGUCUCCUAAAUAAAGAAAACCUUCACAAA